GUCAACGGUUUCUCUUUGUGGUCACACUCUAUGUUUAUUCUGGAGACUAUAGCAUGUAAAGAAAAUGGACUUGGGAGUCAGACGAAUCUUGAUUCAAAUCUUGGUAGUGCCAUUCAUCAGCUGUGUGGCAUUGAGUGCAUCAGUGAACCACUCUCUAAUCCUCAAUUGUCUUAUCUGUAAAAUGAGAUUACACACCCCUGCCCAGGGUUAUGGUAGGAUUAGAUAUAAUAUGUGUAAGACAGCUUCCCAGUGCCUGAUACAAGGUAAUUGUCCAAUAAGAAGUUACAAAUGUUCCUGAGUCACCCUUCUGGGUUCCUCUGCACAUCCAAUGCUGGACUCUUCAUGCCCAAGGAAACAUAUGGGGCACAAAAGUCAGUGGCACUCAGCUCAGCAAAAGAGGCACAGGAAGGGGAUGGGGGGGGUCCUGGCUCCCGCUUUGUCCUGGGGGCCAGGCUUGUGGCCAGCCUGGAAAGACGGACAUGAACCCUCCAGCAUCCGAGGGUGCCAACCACCAAGAGCAGCACAGUUCUUGUCUACAAGCCACUUGUAGCAGGUGUGAACAUUUCAUCUUUCCUCUGGGGGUUGCAACUCUCUCCCCAGUCUCGGUCAUUGUCUUUGGUUGUACCACUUCCCUUUUAUUCUCGCCUGAACCUCCCUCAUCUUUGCUCUAUGAUGACAUCGCCCUGGGGAAGAGAAGCUGAGAGGAACUCCUCACUCAGCUAGCUUCAGGAGCCAUGACAUCAUCUCUACCAUGGAAAUUCCGCUCACUCUCCUGAGCCCCCACAUUUGUCCCAGGUCUCAGAGUCUCUAUAAAGAGAGAUUCCCAACUCAGUAUUAGCACAGGACACAGUUGGGUUCUGAAGCUUCUGAGUUCUGUAGCCUCACCUCUGAGAAAACCUCUCUUCCACCAACACCAUGAAGCUGUGCGUGACUGUCCUGUCUCUCCUUGCGCUAGUAGCUGCCUUCUGCUCUCCAGCACUCUCAGCACCAAGCUCAAGCGAUCCUCCCACCUCAUGCUGCCUCACCUACACUACCCACAAGAUCCCACGUCAGCGGAUUAUGGAUUAUUAUGAGACCAACAGCCAGUGCUCCAAGCCCGGAAUUGUCUUCAUCACCAAAAGGAACCGAGAAGUCUGCACCAACCCCAGUGACGACUGGGUCCAAGAGUACAUCAAGAAUCCCAACCUACCUUUGCUGCCCUCCAGGAACUUGGCCACGGUUAAAAUUAUUACAGCAAAGAAUGGCUAAGCCCAGCUCCUCAACUCCCAGUAAUGACCAGGCUUUAGUGGAAGCCCUUGUUUACGGAAGAGAGGGGUAAACCUACAAAAACAGGAGAAGCCUUAUUAGGCUGAAACUAGCCAGUCACAUUGAGAGAAACAGAACAAUGAUCAAAAUAAAGGAGUAUUUCGAA